UUCGCAGUCGCACACCAUCGGGGCAUUUCUCCGUUGCAAAACCCUAGGCUAGGGUUAGCCCCCCCCCCUCAAUCGAUCGGAGACCAUGGCGACGGCGAGGCUCCGAUCCGCGGCCUCCCUUCGCGGGGUUCUCCUCCGCCACUUCUCCGUGGGGCCCGCUUCUACUCCGCGCGCUGUCUCGCGAGUGUCAGAUUUUCAGGUUCCUCAGACUAUCGUAUGGAGGCAUUUCUCAACAUGCAAGCAUAAUUCUCUUGCAAAACGUGAUGACCUUGGCCUGCCUGCCUGUUUGCACAAUCAGACAAGAUGGGCUUCUCAAGCUACUGCUGUGAAAGAAACUGAAGCUAGUGGCAGCAAGAUCAGCAUUGGGCCCAAACCAAAGGAGAUUAAGGAGGAUGACAAUGAUGGUAACCUGGUUUAUCAAGGGCCAAUAUCGUCUACCAUAAAGAAAGUGAAGCUUCUCUCUCUGUCCACCUGCUGCCUUUCUGUAUCGCUAGGGCCGGUGAUAACAUUCAUGACUUCACCUGAUAUGAAUGUGAUCAUCAAGGGAGCAGUUGCAUCCACCGUCAUUUUCCUCAGUGCCACUACAACUGCAGCCUUGCACUGGUUCGUGAGCCCAUACAUUCACAAGCUUAGGUGGUGUCCUGGUUCAGAUAGCUUUGAGGCUGAGGUGAUGACAUGGCUGGCUACUCCCCUCAAAAGGACAAUCAAGUUUGCCGAUGUUAGGCCUCCUGAAACUAAUAGGCCUUUUGUCACUUUCAAGGCCGAGGGAAACUUCUACUUUGUUGAUGCUGAACACUUCUCGAACAAGGCUUUGUUGGCAAGGCUUACACCCCAGAAACUUCCUCAUGAGUCUGCGUUCAAGAACUUGUGAUCGAAAGUUGUUCCACUGGCCCAUGGCUGCACUUGUUCGUGAACCUUUGUUGGCCAUUUGAAUUUUUUAUGAAUAACUCCAGCUAAUAUUUGGGAGAUGUGUUGCUAUAUGUUAUUACUGUUGUUUACUUUCCAUGUGGAGAUUUGCAAGCAGUUGGUGUCGAACAGUUUUAGUUUAGGAACACCAUGAGGUCUGGUGUUGAGCCAGCACUUGAAAUAAGUAGGGGUUAAGAUAUCUAUCUACUUCUGAUGUGUUCGAACACUACUUUGAUCUGAAGGUUCAUUACGUUGCUUGCGUCUU